AUGGUACCACAUCCAAGAUUUGUCUUUAGUGAAUCUGAAUCAACUGCAUUAGAACAAUUUGAAGGUGGCCCUUGCGCAGUGAUCGCACCUGUACAGGCCUUCCUUUUGAAGAGGCUUUUUACCAGCGAAAAGUCUACUUGGAGAGACUGUCCAGAAGAGGAGCAGAAGAACCUUCUCUGUCACACAUUAUGUGAUAUUUUAGAAAUGGCUUGCUCCGAUAAUUCUGAGUCAUACUCUCUGGCAACGUGGAUAAGAGGAAAAACGACUGAAGAGACUGCUAGUAUUUCUGAAAGUCCCGCAGAAUCUAGUCGUCAAGAGGAACAACCUUCUGCCUUGGCUGUCGAAGAGCUUGGCUUUGAGCGAUUUCAUGCAUUAAUUCACAAACACGUAUUCAAAAGCUUCCCUGAACUGAAGGAUGCGGUUUGGGAUCAAUAUUCGGUGUGGACAAACAGAUUUGGAGUAUUGCUCUUUCUGUAUUCUGUAAUACUCACAAAGGGUAUUGAAAACAUAAAAAAUGAAAUUGAAGAUGCAACUGAGCCAUUGAUAGAUCCUGUUUACGGUCAUGGAAGCCAAAGUUUGAUCAACCUCCUGUUGACGGGACAUGCUGUUUCUAAUGUGUGGGAUGGAGACAGAGAAUGUUCAGGAAUGAGUAAGUUGAUUCUAGUUUUCACUUGUUCAUAG